AUGUAUUGGCUCAGGAACCUUCUACCUCUCACUAUCUGUUCGACAGCUUUUGCAGCAGCGGCCUCCAAGGGAGGAGUAUGGCAAAAGGGCAAAGUCUGUAAUGUAACGGCUCUAGGAGGGAAGCGAGACGAUGUCCCGAACAUCCUAGAGGCGUUCUCGCGCUGUGGAAAAGAUGGCACCAUCGUCUUUCCCGAGGAUCAGAAUUAUUGGAUUGCAACUAGGCUCAAUCCUAUUGUGAGCAAUGUUGUAAUUGACUGGCGUGGUGUGUGGACAUUCUCGGAUGCUCUCGACUACUGGCGCAACCACUCUUAUCCGAUCACCUUUCAAAACCACCACGCUGGUUUUGUUCUAACCGGAGACCAUAUUACCAUUGAGGGACAUGGGACGGGGCAGAUCUAUGGCAAUGGUAACGCUUGGUACAAUGUCGAACAAGGUGUCACCCAGCCUGGAAGACCGAUGCCUUUCGUCUUCUGGAAUGUGUCAGAAGUCCUUGUAGAAGAUUUCACUGUCAAGGAUCCUCCUUUAUGGUCGUUGAAUAUCAUGAAUGGAACAAACAUGGUCUUCAACAACAUUACAUGCAAUGCAACUGCGGUAAAUGCUCCAUAUGGUACCAAUUGGGUGCAGAACACAGAUGGUUUUGAUACCAUGGAUGCAAACAACAUUGAAUUGAACGGUUUCACGUAUCAGGGUGGAGAUGACUGCGUUGCCAUCAAACCACGCUCUUACAAUGUCCGCGUCUCGAACGUAGCGUGCCAUGGUGGUAACGGCAUCGCCAUUGGUAGCCUUGGCCAGUACCUUGAGGAUGCUUCGGUCAAGAAUGUGGUGAUAGACAAUGUCGAUAUCAUCGGUUAUAACAAGGAUAUGCACAACGCGGCUUACAUCAAGACAUACAUGGGCGGACGAGUCCUACAAAGAUCGUACGAAAGUGCCGGCUUGCCAAAUGGUGGUGGUUGGGGUACAGUCGAGAACAUCCUCUUCUCGAAUUUCAAUGUUCAAGGAGCCAGUGCAGGUCCUGCCAUUACCCAAGACACCGGAGAUAAUGGAACUUUCAAAGGAACCAGUCUCAUAGCCAUCUCGAAUGUUGCCUUUGUCAACUUCACAGGAUAUUUGAAUGGAGUCUCGCGCGCCGCUUCGGUUUCUUGCUCGAAUGUUCAUCCAUGCUAUAACAUCGAUUUUCAGAACGUGGAUCUUCUUCCCUCACAGAACGCGACGGCAUACGGCAAUGUUACCUGUUCAUACAUCGAGUCUGGGGGUGUCCGUGGUCUUUCUGGGUGCUAA